AUGAGUAUGAAUAGAUUAGAGAAAUUCAAAAUGGAGCAUAUGCUGGAAAAACCAUUAAUAAAAAGAUAGUAUUCUGUCUACAAAGUUUAUGAAAUGAACUAAUCUUAUAGUUAAAAUUCUGAUAACAACUUUUGUAUUUGUAUGCUUAAUGAGUAAAGCAAAGCUAAAAUACUUUUUUUAUUAUCGAUUGCAGAAACUAAAUAAUUUCAGGUCUUAUCAUACCGAAAUUAAAAUGUAGAAAAUGAAAAACUUAGUUAGAUAACAGACAUAGUAAAAAUUAAUGAUGAUACUGUAGUAUGCUCUCAUUAUGAUGGAUCCUUGGUUAUUUAUAAAAAUUUUAAAGAAAGAAAAUUUAAAUAUAAUGAAGAAGAGUAUAAAGAAAUAAUUCCAGCACAAGUGAAAGAUAUAUCAGAUAUCAAUAAUGCUAUAUUAUUUAUUUCAGUCUUUAAAAAAUAAAAUUAAUUAAUAAUAAUGCUAGAAUAUUAUGAUGGAUAAGUAAUGGAAUUACAUUCAAGUUUAAGUAACAUUUAAUUCGUUCAUAAGUAGGUACGUAGAGAAAAAUAAAAUUUCACUCAUAGAAAGUUUUUAAAGGAAGAGUAAGUUCUGUGUGGAUUUAUUGAUUAAUCAAAAUUUGGUAUUAUUGAAGCAAGCUAAGAUAUUUAAUUAAAGUUAUUAGAAAUGAAAACUUAUGAUAUGGAUGAAGAUACCAAAUAACUCUUAAAGAUGUCUACCCUUAAAUUGAUUACUUUUGAUACUCAUUAACAUAAUUAAAUACUCUAUAUUGUCUGCAUCUAUGAAAAUUAUGAUAGGUAGCAAAUAUUAUGCUCUUUUAAGCUCGACAGGACAAACUGUUAACCUCAAAAUGAAAUAACUCUUAAUCUAAUAACUAGUUUCACACUAAAUGUUGAUCUAGGAGAAGCAGUUCAAAUAAUUUCAAUUAAUCAAAAUCAAAGAAGGUGCUUUUAAUAUGAUGUAAUUGUAUUAUUUUAACAUAAAUUAAUGGCCUAUAGUUGGCAAAAUGAAAUUGAUGAAGCCUUAAUUAUCAAAGAUAAUGAUGAAGAAUAUAAAAUAUAUCAUUUUUAAGUAAUUGAAGAUAUGCCAUACCAUUUACUUAUAUCCUAAAUCGAAGAUAAGUAAAGGAUCCAAUAUUUUUGCACAUAUAUUUGA